UAUUUCAUACUCGUGAAAUAGUAUUAACAAAUGUUUAGAAAUGCGGAUUAACAAUAUGGAAGUUUUUUGUUGUAUUGAUAUCUCAGUACCCAAUUUGCCUCAUUUCGUGAGAUUUACCCGUAAUAUGUGUACAUUUUAAAUGGAUAAUUACAAUAAAAAAAAUUAAAAAGUAAUAAACGGGACCUAAAAUGAUCAAAAUAUAUUAAAUCUCAUACGCUUCCAUAUACAAAAUAUGUAGGGGUCUGACUAGGCACAGGUGUCGGUUAGAGGAAAUAUUUUUAAAACAUUUAGAAAAUCGUAUUAAAACACUUUUCUGUUUUUUUCGCUUUUAAAAGCGUUAGCUAAUAACAUUUUAUGAAGGUAUUUGGAAGCCCAAGUCGCUAGUUACAAUAGAUUUAAUUAACGUUUAAAAAAAAGGGUCUGGCUGGACCCAGGUGUCGGACGUAGGGUUAAAUAUUUCGGGUUCAUAAUUCAUAUUGCGGUCGAAAGAAGAAGGGUCAAUGAGAUGCGCUCUUUUCCGUUUUGACAAUAAAUUUGUGAGGAAAUUAUUUUAUUAACUAUUGAAAGUGGAGUAAUUUGAGUUUUCUUAGUUCAGCCGCAGCUACUAGCUCGAAUUGGCGCCACCUUUUUGACUACUGACGCAUGUCAUGGUAAUUAGUUAAAGUUCCUGCACUGGAAUCUGCACAGGAACCUUGUUCCAAGUUACUGCACAGGAUACGCUCGCGAUCCUAUAAAAAUUGCAUUCUUGGCGGAAUUGAUAGACACUAUCCAAUUAAAAAAAGUAUUGAUUGGAGCUGUUAGGAAUUGGGAGUAAUCAUGAGCUAAUACAGAUUUGUGUAAAAACCGUAUUGUUGAAAAAUGUGUGUUGAGAAACACAUAGUAAAAAGAAGUCUUAUUUUAAGACAGGAAGGCAGUCUUAAAUUAAGACGCAACAUUUUUAAGGCUAUCAAUGCUAAAUUUUUUUAGGGUAACCUCAAUCAUUUAAUUAUAGAAAAACAACGUAGAUGACGACCAAAGAAUUAAUAAUGAUGAAUUACGUGAUGAUAUUCCAAUGGAAAUUGAUUUCAAUAUGGAGUUUCGUGAUGAUAAUAUGCUUAUCAGUUCUGCUGGCAUUCGGAAUAACAACAUCAAUGAUAAUAAUUCUUACAAUUCAAAUACUGAUGAAGAUGAUGACAUUCAUAUGUCAGAUAAUGGAACAUGUGAUCUCCCAGCAAAAGCAUUGUUCAUGCAUAUGAAACAAUACAAUGGAGAAAAUGGUUGUCAGAAAUGCAAAAUAAAAGGCAAAAGAGAAGGUGGUGUUCAGACUUACCCACAUCAAGUAAAUCUUGAGCUUAGAACUGAAGAAGAGACAAUACGACAAGCAAGAAGAGCGACUUCUAAAAACCCAGUUUGUGGAGUUAAAGGCCCAACUAUUUUGACUAACUUAGUUUACAAAUGGAUUAGAACGACAACAAUAGAUCCAAUGCAUUGCGUGUUUCUUGGUGUGUUCAAAUCACUUUUAAUGCUCUGGUUUUAUCCUUCUCACGCAGGCGAGCGUUUCUCAAUUUACGACAAAGUUGACGACGUUGAUAAGCUUAUCAAAAAAAUUAAAGUUCCACAAUUUGUUCAAAGACGACUUCGUUCUAUAAAGGAGCAUUUGAAGUACUGGAAAGCAUCGGAGCUUAAAGUUUUCUUUUUUCAUGUCUCUCUUGUCGUUUUGGAAGGUAUUUUAAUGCCAGCAUAUUUUGAGCAUUUCAAAUUAUUAGUUGCUGCUAUUUAUCUCCUUAGUCAACGAAGCAUAUCAGAAGAUAUGUUAAACAAUGCAGAUCGAAUGAUAAUUGAAUUCAGUGCUAGAUUUGCAUUUCUUUAUCAUGCUCGCAACAUGACGAACAACUUACAUUCAAUGCGACAUUUUGUUCAAGAUGUUCGUGACAUUGGCCCUUUAUAUGUGUAUUCUUGUUUCACAUAUGAAGAUAUUAAUGGAAAAUUGAAAAAUUAAGUACAUGGAAGUAAAGGGGCACAACUUCAAAUAUAUUUUGGUGCGUCUUUGUAUGUGAACACAUACACACUAAACCAAGACGAACUUGCUGAAGGGUCUAAAGUGCAUGCUUUUUGUAAAAAGUACAUUUGUUGCUCUAAAAAAUUGAAGCUACAACUUAUACAAGAUAAUAUAUAUGUUGUUGGAGGAUUUUCAAGAACACGAAUUCCAAAUGAUGUUCACCAAAUAUUUUUGGAUCAUAGAGUUCAGGGUGCAAAGUACACAGUCUUCAAAAAGUUAAUGAAGAACAACAUGAUAUAUACGUCUGAAAUAUACACUCAAGCCAAAGUUACUAACUCCAAAUGUGCUCAAUACGCUACGAAUAAUGGCAUAAGAUUUGGAAUUAUUCGACUGUUUUUAAAGGUAUCAAUUUGUGAAUGUCGAAAUUGUUGUGAUUGUCCAUCAACUUAUUAUGCCGUCAUCAGAAGAUAUUGAAAAGAACUCGCUUUCCCUACAACACUUCUUUCGGAAAUAAGUUUAAAUUUCAUUCAUCGAGUCGAUGAAAUUCCAAAUCAAAUGGACAUUGUAAGUGUAGAGAAUUUACAAAACGUGUGCUUCUUUGUAAAUGUUAUGAAAGGAAACACGAUAUCAACUUUUGUUUCACAACCAGUAAAUGUUAUUAAAAACGAAUAAAAAGAGAAAAUGUUUAUAUGCACUUAUAAUAAUUAUCGCCAUAAUUUUGGCUGAUCAAAAUAUAUUCAUCUUUGGUGAAAAGGCAGAUAUAUACUCGCCACGAUUUUGGUUGAGUGAGCCUUUAAGGUUUUGUCUGAGAUAAUUUUGCAAUAUAGAUAAAUAAAUUAGACACACUUUUGUCUGAAUCAAUGCUGA